UUAACUAGCAUGUUAAAUAAUAAAUUUCUGUUGAUACUCUAACAAAUUUUACGUUAUAUACGAACGAUGUGCGAUUAUUGCUCGUGGAUCGAUCAGAUCUUGGCAAGGAUCGAAACGGAAACCAAACCAGAGAAAAAGAAACCUCGUCUACACGUAGAUCCGGUUAUAGUGGUUCACGGAGGAGCGGGAACAAUUCCACGAAAGAAACGUAAUCGUAUGCUAACCGAGGUUAAAAAUGCGGCGCUCGAGGCGUACAGCGACCUUAUCAACGGUCGAUCAGCGGUAGACGCGGUCGAGAAAGCAAUUUCUUACAUGGAAAGUGAACCGUAUUUCAAUUGCGCGAAAGGAGGUUCUCUGGACGUUAACAACGAAGUUGUUACCGACGCCGCUAUCGUCACAAUAAACGAUGCCGGUUUCGUGGGUGCUGUUCGUGACAUAGAACACCCUAUCGCGCUAGCAAGAAAAGUAUUGGAGAACACGGAACACAUUCUGAUCGUCGAAAAUGGCGCUCAGAAGUUUGCCUUGAACAAUGGAAUUUCAAUUUUACCGCCGGGCUCAUUAAACGUACAUGAAUCCAUGACAUCUCAUUAUACGGCCGAAGAAAUUUACGAAUACUGCACCGAUCGUGCGAGUCUAUUGAACGAUAAAGAUUGCGACGAAAACGAAUGGAAAGACGAAGAGAGGAAAGAUUGCGAUUCGGAUUGCGUCGUGAUACGAUCAGACCAAGGGGAAGCAAAUCCUUAUUGCGCGUCGUCGAUCGAUUCGACCGAAUUAUUGGACGAACCAGCCUUUUUGCAGGUUAGCGCGGUCGGCGCAGUCGCGUACGAUCGAAAACGACGGUUAGCAAGCGGGACCUCGACGGCGGGAGAACUUGGAAAGCCCAUUGGCUCUGUGAGCGCGAUCGGCACGGUGAUUGGCUGCGGUAUCUACGCGGACAAAGAUGGCUGCGUUUCCGUCUCCGGAAACGACACCAAGAUCUAUUCCUACGCGCCAGCGCGGAAAAUAAUACAAAGAUUGUCUGCGGAUGCGUCGAUCGAUUAUUCGAUAUGUGCAGAACUGGAGAACUUCGAAACGGAAACCGGGGAAUCGAAUAUCGGCGCUGUUGCGUUGAACGCGAAAGGCGAUCCUUGCGUUUCGUUCAAGUGUAUGCACUUUCCUUGGGCUUUCUGUCGGCACGGUUACGUUUAUUACGGAAUCGCGCAAAAUGAAAAGUAUUGGGAAAAAGUAACUAUCCUCGAGCGCCCCCUAGACUGCAUGUGCAACACUUCCGACGAGGAUUGAAACGAUUUUCGUGUACACAUUUUCGUGUAAGCUUGAUAUUUCGAAAAUAAUUAUUGCACCAAAUGGAUGAUCUUAU